AUGGGAACAGAAGGUGGUAAUAAAACUCGAAAUAUUAUCAUCAUCACUGUUGCAGUUGCUGUAUCUGGGACGCUUGCCGCUUGUGCUGCCAUCUACUUGAGUAAAAGAAUAAAGCGGAAGCCACAUGAACUCCUGGAGGUUCUUUUACUAAAUGAAUUAUCUAUUGAUGAGAUCAGCACGGUUGAAUCCCUGCAAUAUGAAUUUGGCAAAAUCAGAGCGGCAACAAAUGAUUUCUCUGAUGCUAAUAAGUUGGGCAAAGGUGGAUUUGGGGUUGUUUACUGGGGCAAAUUUUUAACCGGGCAAAAAAUAGCAGUCAAAAGACUGUCUAAAAGUUCAGGACAAGGUAAUAUAGAAUUCAAGAAUGAGGUCUUGUUGGUGGUCAGGCUUCAACACAGGAAUCUGGUUAGGCUCUUGGGCUUCUCUCUAGAAGGAACUGAGAGGCUUCUAAUAUAUGAAUUCGUUCAAAAUGCAAGUCUGGACCAGUUCAUAUUUGACCCGAUCAAAUGUUCACGUUUAGAUUGGGAAAGACGCUACAAGAUCAUAGAGGGUAUUGCCCGGGGAAUUCUUUACUUACAUGAAGAUUCUCGAAUUAGGAUCAUUCAUCGAGAUCUCAAAGCAAGUAAUGUUCUUUUAGAUGGAGACAUGAACCCCAAGAUUGCAGAUUUUGGCAUGACCAGGUUAUCACGAAACGAUGAAACUCAAGGAAACACUAACAGAAUUGUUGGAACCUAUGGAUAUAUGGCACCAGAAUAUGCAAUGCACGGGCAAUUUUCUGUUAAGUCAGAUGUGUUUAGCUUCGAAGUGCUAGUUCUCGAAAUUAUUAGUGGGCAAAAGAACCAUUGUUUCCGAAGUGGGGAGACUUUCUUGAGCUUUGUGUGGAAAAAUUGGCGUGAAGGAACAGCUGGAAAUGUGGUGGACCUAUUCUUGAGGUCUGGUUCGGGUUCCAUGAAUGAGGUGUUAAGGUGCAUUCACAUUGGUUUACUCUGUGUUCAAGAGAAUGCAUCCCAUCCGACAGGCAUGGGUUCUGUUCUUCGUAUGCUCAGUAGCUCUUCCUUAACUCUGGCAAUGCCAUCUCAGCCUACAUUUUAUUUAUCCAUUCAAUCUCAUGAUUCAAAUGUUUCAAUGCUUUCGGAAAUCCAACCCCAAUCUCAUCAUUCGUCCAAAAAUAAUAUCUCACUCUCUGAGUUAUAUCCACGAUAA